AGCCGAUUUGUUACUUGGCUUGUAGUUCUCUCAGAUCAUGAUCCCAGCCUCGGCUUAGCCUUUGAGGUUGCCGGUUUUCCCGUCUAUCGUUAUAAUCAAGAACUUGUCGUAAAUUGGCUCAAAAAGCGAAUAGACACCGUUUCAGCUUGCAUCGAUCAGCUACCCCACCAAUGGAUGAAGCACUUAAUAUUCCAAGCUUGUGACAAACUCAAAAGCCUUAAGUCAAUUUGCCCCGAUACAUUCAGUGAAUCUUCCUCUCUAGGUUAUGCUCCAGAUUCUAAAUCUGCAAUUUCUCAACAACUGGGCCUCAUAUCUCCCGAGAUGAAACUAUGGCUGUCUUGCCAGGUCGUUUGUGACUACCUCCCUGACGACCUAGCGAAGACGCUUAGAGAUUCUCUCAAUUUGAGCCAGAGACCCGAUGGAUUUGAAUCAGCCAUUCCAAAGCCCUCGCUUGAAUACCCCCUCAAGAGUAACUCUGAGGUAGAAAACAAUGCCCCUGUGAAUCCAAAAAAACGAAUUUCGGUAGAUUUUGCUACUCAACUUUUUCACUUCAUACCUAUAACUAUCUUACUCUAUGUUAGCAUAUCUAUCGUUUGGCUCAUAAGUAAGAUUUCAUAA